UGUUUUUUGAAAUAUAAAAUAUAAACAUUGAACUGAAAUUUAGUAUUUAGUUUAGUCAGUCAUAAAAUCAAAUUUAAUAUGGAAAUAAAACAAGAAAUUAGCGAGAAAACUAUUAAAAUAGAUAAUGAUAGGCUUGUUGGUCCAUUGGAUGCUUUCAAAAUUGAAGUUAAGGAAGAACCAAAUACAGAAACUGCACACCAAGCAUUUGAUUAUUUAGAUCAUUUCCUUGUAAACACUAAUGUAGAACCAGAUAAAUUUACAGGAUUUGAAGAAAAGAAAACAACAAACGAAGAAAGUUGUUCCCAGGAGGAGAACACAAUGGACAUUAUGGGAACGUUACAUUCGUCUCAUAAAGAUAAAUAUACAGGUCACCAUGUUGAUGGAACAAUAUUAAACACAAAUAUGGAAUUUGGUACUGGACAAAGACCUUACAGAUGUGAAACAUGUUUCAAGCAGUUUUCUCAAAUGAGCCAUUUGAAAUCACAUUUCAGAACGCACACUGGUGAAAAACCUUUUAAGUGUGAAACUUGCUUUAGGCAGUUUUCCCGAAAAAGUCAUUUGCAAGCACAUUUGACACUGCAUACUGGAGAAAAAUCAUUCAAGUGUGAAGUUUGUUUAAAACAAUUUGCUACAACGACUCAUUUAAAAAGACAUUUGGACAUUCACAGUGAAGAAAAACCAUACAAGUGUGAUAUUUGUCUUAAGGAGUUUUCUCGACCGAGUCAUUUAAAAAUACAUUUGGCAAUGCACACUGGAGAAAAACCGUACAGUUGUGAAAUUUGUUUAAAACAAUUUGCUACAACAAGUAUUUUAAAGAGACAUUUGGAAAGUCACAGUGGAAAAAAACCUUACAAGUGUGAAAUUUGUUUUAAGCAGUUUACUCAAGGAUCUUCCUUGAAACUACAUUCGACAAUGCAUACUGGAGCAAAACCGCACAAGUGUGAAAUUUGUUUAAAACAAUUUGCUACACCAGGUCAAUUAAACAGACAUGUGGAAAUUCACAGUGAAGACAAAACAUACAAGUGUGAAAUUUGUUCUAAGCAGUUUUCUCAAGCAAUUAAUUUCAAAACACAUUUGAGUGUGCACACUGGCGAAAAACCGCACGAGUGUGAAACUUGUUUAAAGCGGUUUAUUACUACAAGUGAUUUGAAAAAACAUUUAAAAGUGCAUACCGGAGUAAAACCGCACAAGUGUGAAACUUGUUUUAAGCAAUUUAUUGAAGCAGGUCAUUUGAAAAGACAUUUGAGAGUGCAUACAAAAGAAAAAUCUUACCAAUGUGAAAUUUGUUUAAAGCAGUUUAGUGAAGCAGGAACUUUGAAACUCCAUUUGAGAGUGCACACUGGCGAAAAACCUUUCCACUGUGAAAUCUGUCUUAAGCAGUUUGCUCGAGGAGAUUACUUGAAAAAACAUAUGAGAGUGCACACUGGAGAAAAAUCUGUGAAAAAAAGUGUGAAAUCAGGUUAACACUUUCGUUGUGCAUGACUCCCAACGGAGUGGUCCUUUGCUAGGUGCGCUAGGACCCUUAUCCCUGAUGUAGUGAGGUGGUAUGAAUGCAGACACAGGCGCGUUAACUAUUAUUUCACACAAUUUUUGACGGGGCAUGGAUCCUUUCGGUCAUAUACAUAUCGUAUAAGAAAGACUGAGGACGAUCUGUGUACCGAGUAUGGAGUAGUGGAUGACGCGCACCGCGUGAUAUUCGUAUGCCCUGUAUAUCAUGCAGGGCGAACCUCGCUGCAGCUGAGGAUGGGGUACCCUCUGGGUGAGCCCCAAGAAUUAAUGCAUAAAGCCAUUAUGAAUGAAAAAAUGUUUGACUUGAUCCUUGGAUUUGUCACUGAAACGAUGAAGCAUAAGGAAGAAAGAGAGAGGAGACUCCAACAAAGAUAAUCUGUUUGUAUUUCUUUUGAACAUGUGUCGUUUCGCGCCGACCGGUGUGGGUAGCCAAUAUACAACUCCCACUUCUGCCGGGACAGAGUCAUUUAUAAUAAAAGAAUUUUUAAUCCUA